AUGCGGAUGCAGCUGCUAAAGAUCGUGGUGAUCCUGUUGGUAGCAGGAUCGGGUGACACCAGACCGCACAAUGGUGCAGAUUCGCAAGCGAAGACGAUAGAAAGGAACGACGCGGGAUGGAGAAGCAUCCAAGUCUCGAGCAAGUCACACGACAUUGUUCGAGACGAUAGCAGGUAUACGGGGACUUCCGGAAGUAAUAGAAAGUAUAUCACACAUUUCCGCGAUAAUGCCGAUUCGUCGCGUGAGCACGGCGCAGUCAAUUCACGCGCCAGCAAUUUCGGGGCGGCGCGAUCGCUUAGCGUUCGUCGUUCCAAGAUCGAUGACAUCUGGACGAUGCCUAAAUUUAAAGCGAUAAAUGCUCCACCAUAUUUUUCAAGGACGGAUGUGCUAGGUGAUAUCGCGAAAAUCGCUACUGUUCAAAACUCGAACGAAGUAAAUAAACCUUCGUUUCACGCUUCCUCCGGCGAUUCUAAAAUAAUUCAGAAUGAACGAAUAGAUUGGACGAAAUUUAGCCCCGAUUUAAAAGUCGGUCAAAUGGAUUAUUCCGGUAAGACGAAUGCUGGAAAUUUAGAGAGAUCGAAAUCCGAUGUGAUUUCAAAUGAAAAUCUUGAACCAGUAGUCGCGCAAACGAAAUACUCAUACUCAGCAGGAAAUGAUUUCUUAGCAACUCAUGCAUCUGGUUUCGAGAGGACAAAUGACGAUAUCUCUGUCGCAGUAGAAAAUCGUCGGCAGUCCAGUUCAGUUAGGUUUGAUUCAUUUGCGAAUAAGGAUAUUGAAGGCGAGAUGUCACGUUGGAAGCAGGGUGUAAAUAGAUUUUCUUUAGAAACAGCGAGGACAAAUGUUCCGAGCGAUUCUCAGGCAGAUGCUUCUCCUCGUUCUAUUCAUAAGAAUCGUAAUUCGAUUCGUAAAAUUACAAACUCGAUCGUGAUUUCGUAUGGAAAUUCGAAGCCGAGUGUCGUCACUAAUUCUUCUCGCCCCAUGAGCGGCAAUCAACACGGUGACUUGAAUAAUUCAGAAACAUCGGCUCACGGCGCGGUGGCAGCCUUGAUCUCGAAUUCAAAAUCUGAAGUUGUUGGACAAUCCCCUGCGUUUCGCCGCAGGAGCGCAACUACAUCCCAUAGGAAUUUCGUAAAGCUCCGGUAUCCGUACUCGACUUCGAAUUGGCGAAAUGCCAGCAACGUCGCGUUGAAUAUGGAGGUGAAGAAUGGUAACGAUAUUUCUACUGGCAUUCAACUGAGAAAGCCAACAAAGUACUUUACGCGGACAGGUGCGAAGAAGCCCGUUAUCGUGAACAAUCACGUGAUGUCCAAACCGAUGAAGAGUAAUCAUUCUUUGUCCGUUCAGGAAUCGCCGAGUCAGAAAGUUGGUAGUGGAAAUAAAACGGGAUACAAGUACAACGAUACAACCGUACAAUAUUUGAAGAACUGGCCGAACGAGGCACUUCAGAACAUGGAAGAUUUAUACAAUUAUGAGAAAUAUACUUCAUCUCUGGAGGAGGAAUCCAGUCAUGAAUCGAGUCUUUCCAGUGCUGAAGAAACACCGAUACUAUCGUCAAAUAAUUAUUUUGAUCAUACGGACCCAAUCCUCGAUUCCAGUGUAAAAAAGAUCAUCCAUUGGUUAAAGAUACCGGAAAUCGUUCCAAACAAUACGCAGUAUUUCGAUUACAAUGAUGAUAAACCGAUCCAGCCGGAUUUCGAGUCAGUUUAUGAAAACUUGGAACCCAAUCGUCCGUUAAACACCCACGACGACAAUUAUGAGACCAUCGUUCUUCAAGAUGCACCGCCAAGUCAGAAUCUUGAUACAAUAGACUCAAACUAUCCAAUCCGAUUGUCAGAUCCAAGUUCACUUCAAUACGAAACGGGUUCUUCGAAUCCUUUCGUUCCUUCGAUUCCUUCCUCUUGGUCUGAUGGGACGUCGCUGCAGAACAAGACCGUUUAUAAUCCUACGACCCACGUGACGCAGAAUACGGUGGUUCACAUCCUGAACGACGGUCUGAAGAAACCGAAUGUGACCGUGACUGAAUUGAAAGCACCGGAAACAGACGAGGCAGCUGCAAAUCAAGUGGCUUCUUCAGAAUCGUCCUCAGAGUCCUUGGGACCAUCAGCGCAGAGACCCAACGUUCAUAUAAUGUCCACUUCUCAGAAAGACGAGAACAAAAAUAUUUCCAAGCAGGAGACCGAUACUUCCCCUUCGUCGACUUACAAUACGAAUUGUCCGACGAUUAUGAUAAACACUUAUACUCGAGUGAACAAUACGCUUCAGAGCAAGGAAGGAUGCACCGAUCUGAAUAUAAUCGUCAACUCGCAUAUCUUGAAUACGAAUGUGUUUAAGCCGAGCAGCACGCCGGCGAUUGCGGAUGAUCAUGAGACCUCAUUAGCGACGCAGAGUUACGGUACCGCAGAUGAGAGCGAGAAAUAUUCUAAUGUGCCUACCGAUCUCUCCUAUGUGGAUUCUGUGGGUAGUUACGCAUCGACCGGAACAUAUGAUUCCAGCUUGCUCGAAACGUCACAACCAGGCCAACAUGACUAUUACGAUUUUCCGAAAGAUCCCAAUGAAAUUCUAGAUCCCGCUCAAUCCUUGGGAUUGUCGACCAUCGAUAGCCUCCACACAGUCGAGGUGUCCCAGGGUACUCAGAUCAGCCUGUCAUUAGCGAAUGCGGAAGAGACGCCGAGCCCUGCCGGAUCAUCCGUCGACGGUCCCGGCAAUGACGCGUCAAGUUCCGCGAUCAAUCCGCCAGCUGCUGGCGCUUCCGCGAGCGGGCCAUCUGUUGCCGGAACACUCGGUUCCGAAAAUCCAUCUGUACCCGUCGCUCAAGAACUGCCGGUGUAUUUAGUCAAACCCGGUCCGGUGACCGGUCAAUCUAAUAGCGGUUUUGGUUCGGGUACUUUGCAACUGUCAGCGUUGCCGAAUCUUCCCAGUCAGCUUGGUAGCGUAACUAAACCCGAUUUAUCGAGCAGUGCUGGUUCAUCCUUGUCGCCAGCUUCAGGCUCUUCAGGAGCGUCACCCGAUGACGACGAUGAUGAUGACUUUGAUUUUGAUUUUGAUAUGUCGCCAAGCGACGUAUUGCAGUACAUGGCUAAGGCCUUCACAUAUUUUUCUUUCUUAAAUCCGUUGGGUUAUGGUGUUUUCAGCCUCACCUCGGCACCGUUUGUCGCAAUGGCGGCUGGUGUACUUGGCAUAGCCGCGUUCAUCUUCCCAUGGGCACUACCGAGUGUCUUCGAUUUCGGACGUUCCGCUGACAAGACGGUUGAUUUUGCACCGAAUCUUGAGGAUUUCGUCAGACAAGCCGUACACAACGGGCAAGUGAAUGACACCCAUCGUGAUUUGAAGGAUCUACAAUAUAUGGACCAAUCUCUAAGAACCGUCGCCACUCAACUCCUUAACGUUACAAAUCCGCAGGACAUGGUAAAUGUGAAUAACAAGGAACUCAUCAAGGCUGAACACAAUAUUGCGACUACGCCGAAAUCUUCGGAGAACAGUAUCCCUUUGUUGAUGAGAGAUGUUAGUUCGGAAAUUAAUUUGGAGCCCAUGCAUUUCGGUAGGCCAAUUAAUUCCAAAUUCAGUUAUUUCGAGAGUGGCCAUCCGGGCCAAGCGAUGGCGAUGACGGAGGAGGAGCUUGAACGAGAGAUGAGCACAACGAGGCUGAUUACCGCUUACAAAAAUCAUCCGACGACUACUGGCGGUAUCUCCACUUGGAUCCUGCUGAAUCCGCCAUCUACAACCGUAAAGAGCGUAGAAACCGAGAAAUCGAAGACACAGCAGCCAUUCCAGACAGAGGUACGACUUACAGUAAGACCAAGUUCGUCGAUCGAGAAAGAAACGAUUCCGCAACCAGAAAAGAUCACGGAGAAGACCACGCCACAGUUGACUCCUGUUAUAACCACCGAGAAAGUAACUGUGAUAACAAAGAAGCCGACUACAACCACAACGAAGAAAAUCGCGACUACUUCAAAACCGGAAAAAGUUACUCAGAAUUCAGAAAAGACGGAAACUUUAUCGAGCACAACUUUGAAGGUAAUUCGCACCACAACAACAAGCACUUCGACGACGAGCGAUGGAACAGCUACGUUAACGACUGUUCUUACGACAAAGAAGAGUCAACCGCCGCGAACUACUUCUAAGCCGAAAAUUACCACGCCGAGAACAACUUUGCAUUCUAAACCAGCAACAACGAAACCGACGACGACGAAACCGAUGAGACCAAAACCAACGAGAAAACCCACGGUCAAACCUGAAACGGUAAAGAAUGAGACCUCCGCAUCGACUGGUAAAAUCGAGAAGGUGACCUUCAAACCGGUCCCGAUCAUCGCAACUCCACAAAACAAGGCGGAAAAUACUGAGAAGCCAAUGUUCGUUACAAAGAUAAAAGCGUCGGUACUCAUGGACACUCAGAAGACUCCGAUUACUUUACUUCCCGCUACCACCGCGACUACCCUUAGCACCAGUACUACGUUCAAGUCGAAUUUGUCGACUGUAGAUCUCGUAGAAGUACCGGUGAGAUCAAAGCCAGUCAACACGAAGGGAAAUAACGUGCUAAGGGUGCAGCUAAAGAAGCCUAUAGAUGAGACCACACAGAUCGAGAUAGAGCCGAUCAAAGUAAACGCGCCAAUUUUGACAAUUGAGAAGAUCGAUAAGAUGGACGAGAUCGUGAUGAAGGAUACGGAUGAUCUUAAUGAUUCCAGAAUAGAUCUAAAAUUUGACUUUAAUCCUGAAUUGACGAAAAUCAAUGUAGAAACAAAAACAGAAACGGAUGCGAUAUCAACAAGCACGGCAGCGUCGACCACGACGAAGCGGCCGAGGCAUAACUCGAAGAGGAAGAAGAACAAGACUCGAAGGCGCAAGCCUACGACCUCGGCGCCAAGCUCGACAAUGAUACCUGUUUUAAUAGAAACCAUUGACAGUGUUACUGAUUCCACCAUCGCGGAUAACGCGGUUCAGGAAUCGAAGAUCGCGCCAGAAACAAAAGUCGGAGCGAACACGACGAAGACUAAGAAGAAACAACCGCAGAAGGCGAUUAGCACUCAGAUCUACAACUUCCUCAGUCGCGAAGUGAUGCCCAGUUUCGGCGUCAUGUCGCUGGUAGGUCUGGGUCUCGGUCUUGCUUCGUAUUUCCUGUAUCCUUUCGGCGGUACGAUCACCCGAAGGAACUACGACGUGGAACCGAAUUACAAGUACAAUAUGGAUGAAUAUGGCGGUAACUACGGGCAGAGCGAGGAGGAGAUGUUAUCUAAGGUGUUCCAGGGUAUGACGAAUGUUCCAGGGUAUGAGAAUAAGUAUCCGGGAACGAAAGAUAACUACAACAAUAACUAUUAUCAUUAUCAGCAUUAUGAUGGUGCGUAUGACACUCAAACGAAGAAGAUCGAGACGAGAUAUCCGUCGAUAUCUACUUCUCCCGUUUAUAAAACCGUAGAGAACACUCAACCGGCGGUGAAAUAUCGAAACACGGAUUUCCAAUAUCCCGAAACACAGACUACUCCAGUUUAUUACGAUCGCAAACGUCCAGAUUUCGCGGCGGAAGUCGGUGCGAGUUCAGCGGCAAAUCGGCAAUUCGUGGUUGGCAACGUACCUAAGGAGUAUCCAUUUGACGUGAAAACAGCGAACUUGCCGGUGGACAGCAAGAAAGGUUACAUGUCGACGGAGGUCGGACAGACGCAAUUCGAGCGAGAAGUAACGCAGAACUUCGAUUUCCCGAACGCGGCCGGCUUGCACAGUUAUGGCCAUCUGGGAGCAUCAACUAUCCGAGCGGAUGACGGAUAUGAAGAAAUCGAAAUAACGCCAACAGCAGUGGCCGUCGAGCAUGGGCCGCGAUCCCUUAAAGUUAAACGCGCUGCCCUUAACAAGGGUAACCAAGGCCGACACUCAAGAUCAAAGAGGGAAUCAGUAAUUCAGAUAAUACCGACGAAACGCGAACUGGAAGAAGAACGCGAAGAGGCAGAGAAGGAGGAAGAUCUGAGCAACGAGAUUCUGGAUAUCAUUGAUUCGGCUCUGCCGGGUGGCGGAGUGCCACAUAAGACGAAGGGUAGCAGCGAAAAUGAAGUGGAGGAUCUUGAGGGACAGCGGAGGAAGCAACAGGAAGAAGCUAAUACGCGCGCAAAAGAGUCCACCACGAAAACUACACACACGGAGGACAUAACGGAGAUACCUGCAACUUCCACGACCGUCGGAAAAAUGGAUGACGGUGGUACCAGCGUCUCUUCAGAGAAGCCUUCUGAUAAGGAUACCACACAUCCCGCGGGCUCGAAAGAUCCUGAAACAAUCGAAUGGUUCGACAGCUCGACCACGAAAAAGCCCUCAGAGGGUUUUAGUCUCAUAAAUUUUGUAAAGAAGGUGGCCGAAAUCAAGUUCAGACUGGGUCUGACAAUUCUUAAGCACGCCAGCGAGGGUUUCGCGCGGUAUCUAGGUCACGUGCAGAAGAGAAUCAACGGCGAAGAAUGAGAGGGAAGAGAACAACUCGGAGGAGCAGCGAUAGAAGUUCUCGAGUCGUGUGGCGAUACACAUUUUCUAAUUUCACGGCGCAAUACGGUGGAUACGCGGUGGAUAACGGCGACGGACGACGUGACGACGACCGUACCGUAGUCCUAAUAACGGUAGUCGGGGAACGCGAAGAAGCUGUUUUCCCCCCGACUUCUUCGCGGUUGAUUCGAGACGCGAUUUCACGGGCAAUCAUUUUUGUCCAUCCGUAAACGAUGUGAUGCGAUACGAUAGGCGAUCGUCCUUUCACUUAGAAAGCUAAAACGACGAAGGGGAACACGGACUACUGUUAUGAUCACCAAAUACGCGUCUCCUUCUUCAAGGUAUCGCCGUGAACAUUGCAGAGGGGGGACGCAUCUUCUUUCAGGUUCUUUCUCGACACGAGGGAUCGACAACAAUGCCUUUAACGUGUUCUUAAAAAAAAAAAAAACUUUAUUUGAUUAAAACUACGAGGUGUUUUAACUUUAGCCUUCGGAUCUGAUGCGUGAGAAUGCAUUUCGACACGCGAUAUACAAUGUGAUACGAUGCAUUCUAGGGAUAAUUUAUCGAAAGCAGGACGAUCGAGAUAGCCGCAGGAUUGGUGAGGGGUUUCGAGAGACUUUUCUCUCUUUCUCUCUCUCUCUUCCACACACAGGAUCGACUGGAUCUUUAUUGAGAAAGUCACUUUUUAAUCUCUCUACAAUUGUUUUGGUAUAUGCGCGCUGCUCUCUUACCCUCUCGCUGGAGGGCGAGCGAAGACGUAUGACGGAGCCGAUUAUUGGGCAGCUUAAUUACAUUGUAAAGUACGCUAUAUAACUGAAUAAAUAAAAUGAGUAGAUCGAAUAAAUAAAUAAAUAUAGAUAAGUAUGCAAACUCUCUAUGUAACACCCUGAUAUGCGCUAUGUAAAUAAAUAUUGGAGAACGUAAACGUUUGUGUUUCUCUCGUGUGAAAACGUAACAUUGAUCUUUAAAGCGGAAGGUUGCCGCAAUACUUCGAGUCGAUCUGUGAAAAAAAUCGAAAUCUGAAAUACUAAAACUGAGUUAUAAACGAAUUUAUGGCGACGUAAUUUAAUUUAUUCCAAACAA